CUUCAUUCAGCUCUGCAGCUGCAUCCUCUGGCCUAUCAACAAACAACUCUACCGCAGAAUCAACUGCCGGCUCGCCUAAUCUCUCUGGAGCCAGCUAGUAAUGAUGCUGGAGUGGUGGUCAGGCACAGAAUGCACCCUAUACACAGACCAGGCUACAGUAGACAAAUUUGGCAAAGAGCAUGUCAUCAUCAUUCUAAACCACAACUUUGAGAUCGAUUUCCUGUGCGGGUGGACCAUGUGUGAACGAUUUGGCGUCCUAGGGAGUUCAAAAGUGCUAGCCAAACAUGAGCUACUGAAGGUCCCUCUGAUUGGCUGGACAUGGUACUUCCUAGAAAUCGUUUUCUGCAAAAGAAAGUGGGAGGAAGACCGAAACACUGUUUUCAAAGGACUUGACAGGCUCAGAGACUACCCAGAAUAUAUGUGGUUUCUUCUAUAUUGUGAGGGCACCCGCUUCACAGAGAAGAAACAUGAAAUCAGUAUGCAGGUUGCAGAGAGCAAAGGCCUGCCUCAGCUCAAAUACCACCUAUUACCCCGAACCAAAGGCUUCACCACCACACUGCAGUGUCUUAAAGGCAUAGUAACUGCUGUGUAUGAUGUGACUCUCAACUUCAAAGACAACCAAACUCCCACUCUCCUGGGCAUUGUCAACGGCAAGAAAUACAAAGCCGACAUGAGUGUAAGGCGGUUUUCUGUGGAGGAUAUACCAGAGGAUGAGCAGGAGUGUGCCAACUGGCUGCACAAGCUUUACCAGGAGAAGGAUGCCUUACAGGAACUCUACAACAAAGAAGGCAAGUUCCCUGGGCCAACAAUAAUCUCACAUCGCCGUCCAUGGACACUGCUGAACUUCUUUUUUUGGGCCACACUGCUGCUUUCACCCCUCAUCAACUUUGCUUGUGGAGUGGCUGUCAGUGGCUCCCCUCUCCUCAUAAUUGCUUUUAUAAUCUUCCUCAUCAUAGCCUCCGUAGCUAUCCGCCGCCUCAUAGGGGUCACUGAGGUGAAGACAACGGGCUCCAGUUAUGGCAACCAGGAGGCCAAAAAACAAAACUAAAGUUUGUCACAUCACGACUCCAGUAUAUAACCGUUUCUGUGCAGUCACCCUGCUGUGUCUCACCCCCACCCUACUUCAUUCUUCUCCUACUUUUGAGUCAGUUGUAGGCUGGGGAGGAGACCUAGCUUUGAACACAUAAUAGACACUAGUGCUAGAAAUACUAAGGGUAUUAGUGAAAGAGAGCAUGGAAGGGCUGGGUGUCCAAGCUCUCUGAAGUAAUGCAAAACAUGAGGGGAGAUGCUGUACUGUAUUUAUCUGUAUCUUUGUUAAUCUAGCUAGUCCCAUCCAUCCCCCAUUAAAUCCCAGUAGCACCUAAGGUUAAGCUCCUAACUUGUCGAAGGUCACAUGAUCAACCAGUCAGCCCAUUUCCUGCUCUGCAUUUGCCUACUUUGGCUUCCUGUCAGUCAUUGGCCAAUCAGGGAGUGGUGAUAUGCUCAUUCCUCCUGCCCACAGAAUACAAACCAUCUCUGAAUUUUUUUUUUAUCAUAGCAUCCAUCCAGGGACAAUGUGAUAACAGCAAUCUGUUACAUGCCAGACAUCUCCCUCCCUUUUUUUUUUUCACCAAGUGGGGCUUGUGAUGGGAACUGGUGCCUUGAGACCCAGUCUGGUUUUCUUAAUCUUAGUCAUUUCACUUGCAUCACAAAUGUUUAGCAUCUAACCUCUAAGUAUUUAUCAGUGCAGCUAGCUUUUGUUUUUAUGUGGUUGUGGUUGGCAAUUUCCACUACAAUAAAAAAUAUGAUGGUAUAUUAUUCUGUAAAUUUGUGUUGCUGAUGGUGCACAGGUUGUUGUAAAGGUAUAGUUGAAAAACUGUUUUGAAUGUAAAUAAUGGUGAAAGCCACCCUCAUUGGCGGCGUUAGAUUAUCUAAGAAAUUGGCACAUUGCUUUUGAGUUUUUCAAAUAUCAUGUUAUAGAGUUUGAGCACAACCAGUGUGAUUCAGAUGAUUCCCAUUGUGUUUUGGGUUAGCAGCAGACGUCUCAGGCAGAAAUCUCAAAAUACAAAUCCCACAUCAUCUCCAGAUACUGUAUCAGCAGGGUAAAUUAAUCUUGUGAUUUUAGUGAACUGACCUGUUAACUCUGCUUUUGAGAGGCUGGUGUCUGUUAAAGUACAACAAGGGCUCUGAAUGUGAAAACUGUCCUUUUCAAAGAUGCCUACCACUUGUUAUAGGCCUCACCACCAACACCCAUGGACUCAUUGUGACACAUUUCAGUUCUCUUUUCCAGUAGCUUUUUACACAAAUAGGAUAUAUAUAUAUGUUAUUUAUCACUUUUAAAACAUAAUUGGACCAUCUCUGGCGCCAUAUUUUGUUUUUGUUUUGUUUUUUAUUCAGUCAGCAAUCUCAGUCUGAACACUGAAGCAGUUAAAAAUGCUUUUAAAUAGCAGAAAAAGGCAACCAACUUUCUUCAUGUAGCCUCACAGCUGUUGGCAUAUUAUUUUGCUUUUCCAAUAUAGACAGUAGUAGUCAUGGUUUAACCUUUGCCUUAAAUCAAGCUUGCUCAGGCAAGGGAGUGCUUAUUCGCCACCCCUUUAAAACAGCACCCACCUCUUACCUUCUGUGUUAUGUUUGAAUACUCACCCACUCUUCCUCUAUUACGGUAAUGCAUGGUGGAGUAGUGUGCAUUCAUUUGGUUCAAUCAUCCACAUGAAUGUACAAUUGAAAGCCAUUUUUAGAAUUUAAAGUGGAAAGCUAAGAUGAUGUCAGUGUGUUAAAGGUGUCUUUGUAUAGUUUGUUGGUGAACUUGCCAUUUUUGCAUUUUCAAAUUCGUUGUCCCAGACAUGAUUGUUUCUCAUUGUGUCUCAAAUGAAAUGUCAGUUGCUGCAGUACAGGAGUGGAUCUCCUCCAGUGUGACGAGCCGAAAUCCCUCACCCCCAAAUACAAAUGGGAUGUUCUUUCCUCCUUUCUCCUCACCUCUGGCAUCCCACGCCACAUGUAGUAUUGUUUAUAGAUUUGGCUUUACUGGUUGUUUUGGGAUUAUCACUCAGUAACAAUAUGUUGUAUACUUUUUGUUUAUGUAAAGUUUUCUCAUCCCAGACAGAUGUCAUGCAAGCCUUAAUAGACAGUGCUGCUUAAUUUUUGUAUGAAAACAUACAAGUUUACUGAGCCCCUGUUGUAGUGAAGGAUUGAAAAUUGAAAAAUAUCCUCCAGUACAGCGAGCAAGUUUCUGGGAUUAGAGAAUGAGAAUGCAAAUUAGAAAAAGUUGGCUCUUGUGCAAGAGAAAUCAGUCCACCUUAUUUUUGUUUUUUAUUUUACACAAAGUUACUUUAAGUUGCGUUACUUCAGCUAUGUGCUUUGGGUUUUUAGAAUGUUUUUCCUCUAAUUCCAACAUGCGGUCCAGUCAUAACUGUCACUCAAUUUUUCAAAGCAGAAUGGAUGCUGAGAUGUUCAAACAAGUGUUAGGAAAACCUUUUUCACUGGAUGUUUUUUAUUCAGUAAAGAAUUCAGUUCACUUGUG